CCAGAAUUGAGGUCCUCCCUUAGGUGUGAGUUCACGUCACAUCUAACUGGGCAGAUGGCAGUCCUCCUUUCCUUUCAGGACUUUAAUCAAUAAUUUACCUGGCCUGGCUGUCACCUACUCCCUUUUCUCUUCCCCUCGCUCGCUUGCCCAUUCUUUCCACGAAAACUACUGCUGACAAGGGGGUAAAAGAGCUUAUUAACGGAUGAGAGAGAAAGGUAGAGAGGGCUUUGUCAUUCUAUCAGACCUUCAGACUGUUAUCAGUAACAGUGGGAAUGCAAUGAGGGUGACUUUAACUGCCUGAAAACGCUGAUACACAGACAAGAAACGCCUGGAAAAAACUUUGUCAGAAAUUUGAAUGGGAAUACAGACUCUUUACAGAAGCUUGUUCUGUCUAUUACGUGGAUUUUUUUUAGACCUUUUCCUUGUUUGAAGUUCAUAUUGUCUUUGAAAUUGGUCGCUAUGUCCGGAGCCACCAGUGACCAGCUGCACAGAUCAACUUUAGCUGUCUAUACGAACCUGAUGGAGCACUUCAAUCCUGGCCUUCAGAAGCUUGUUGCUUUAGGAAACAGCUAUGUCAAAGCUUUCCAAGCCUUAGCUGUUUGCAGUGAGGCCUACUUCAGCGCUGUGGCUAAGAUGGGUGACCAGGCCCUUCACACGCUUUCCUCUCGCUCUCUUGGGGAUGUCCUGAUCCAGUUAUCAGAAACACAGAGGAGACUCACCGCAGAGAUGGAGGGAGUGUUUCGAUGGUUCCAGGUAGAGGUGUUGCAGGCCAUGGAGAAGAAUGUCAAGUUGGAUGAGGAGUACAUUGAUGGCAGUCGCAGAGUCUAUGAGCUGGAGGUGAGAAACCAGGCAGAGGCUUUGGAGAAACAGCUCAGACGAGGAGCCUACAGAGACUCUCUGGAGAACAGUGAGUACAUGCUGUACCUGAGGCAAAGCCAGCAGGAGAUCCAGAAGGAGGAGGAGAGGAGGUAUCGCUUCUUGGCAGAAAAACACUGUGGCCUCACUCAGUCACUGCUCUUUCUUAUAAACAAGACGGGUGCGUCUCUCCAACAGAAGGCAGAUGGAUGGAAGGAGAAAGUGAACGACACCCGAGGGUCCAGACCUCGAACUCCCACUCAUUUGGACCAAGAUGCACAGCUGCGAGGUUCAGUGAGUUCCCUGCUGCAGACAGUAGCCAAAGAUGAAGAUAUGUCCUGGGCCAGGAGGGAGCAGCAGGCACUCGGCAGAGUGCCCUCUAGAGCACCGUCUCCCCUUCCCAGCCGCUCUCGCUCCAGCUCAGUGGGGGAAUCUUUGGGUCUGGGUGGGGGCAGAUCCAUGAGAGCCCUGGUUUCUCACCCUUCCUCAUCCAACCCAAAGCUUCUACCAUUCAACAGGGGAGAGACUGUCACCGUACUGGUUCAGGAGCCACGCAACGGCUGGCUGUAUGGACGCACUGACAGCAGCCUGCGUCAGGGCUGGUUCCCUGCUGCUUAUGUGGCCCCUGUCGAGGAUUUCUCCAACACUUUAGCAACAAGUGGUGGUUCUCUAAGAAGCCACAGUAUGAACAAUCUGCUGGAGCCCACUGACACCUACACUGACCAACCAGAGAGCAAGAGCUAUGGAGAUGUCCCGCCACCAGCCACACCCAACCGCAGAGCCUCUGUAGACGGCCGGCCAAUCUCUCCCGUCCCUGAGAGGAAACUGGAGUCAAACCAGACAAAGAACUACAAUGAACCGCCCCCUCCGCCUCCUCCCCCACCGCCGCCACCUUCCUUGAGCCAGAAUCUUAGAAGGGGCUCUGCAGAUUUUCGACCAAUCUCUCCCCUCCCUGACAGGAAGGUUGAUUCAGCAUCUGAUGUCCAGACAUUAUCACCCCACAGGCCACCUGACAACCUACUGUUUCCCAGAGGCACAAACCCAUUCGCCACUGUAAAGCUUCGCCCCACAAAGACCAAUGACAGAUCUUCUCCUCAGAUCCAGUGAUCCGUCAUCACUCAUGCAGGCCGGGUUUGUAACCGAGGCUGCCAGAUCAGGUUGUGGAGGCAGGGUAUAUAUAUUUGUAUUAGGACGAUAGAAUGACAUCUCUGAAAUGUGAAGGCUUUGAGCUACAAGAGUAGAGAAAGGUUUCGUACAGUGUUUUUACCAAAAGAAAAGGUGAUACUGUACUACAUCUAAGUGAUUUAAUAUCACAAACAAACACUUUUAAAGUAGUUGUUUUGUCAACUUUGUACAGUAGUUACAUUUUUAUAUAGAUGGUCUGUUUGUCUGUUGUAGUAAAAAUAUUCUAUCUACCAUUACCGUUUAUAUAUCUGUUCGCUAAAUACAAAGCUGCAGCCAGCAGCUGGUUAGCUUAACAUAAAGCCUUGAAACUAGGGGAAACAGCUUGCUGCCUAACAAAACAUUUUUUGCGUUUUUUGUUGUUGCUCUGGACAGAGCCAGGCCUGCUGUUUUUCCCUGUUUUCAGGCCUUCAUGCUAAGCUACGACACUAAGCUGCUGGCUCCGGAAACAUAAUUGUUUAACAUAUUUAAAAAAACAUGAAUUCAUCAAGCUAAGCAAAUAACUGUAUUUCCCAAAAUCUCAAAGUAUUCCUUUGAGCUCAAAACAGCUAAAUGUUUUUAAUUUUUUGACUUAAGCUGUCAUGUGUCUUAUGCUAUUCUCAUUUUUUAAAGCUAUAGUGCAUGGUUUCUAUCUCCCCCAUGAGGAAUUCUAAUUAGUGAAAACAACACUGUCGGUGCGUCCACAUGAUACAGCCUUCCGAGAUUGCGCACAUGCCCCCACCCCUCCAUGCCCCCACCCCUCCCUCAACAAACUUCAGAAUGUAGCCAUCCUGAGAAAUACAGAUGGAGUUGUGUGGAGCUGACAGUCUUAAUUAGCUUUGUAGCAACUCAUUUGGUAAUGGCUUGAAUGUAAUGGACGUUCACAAACGUAAACAAAUUAUGCACUAAAGCUUUAAGCAAAUGUGUCCCAAGUCUGCAUUCUUUGGUCAUGUGAUACAGAUCUGUCAAAUUGGACAGAUCUAUACAUAAAGAUGUAAUUCUUUCAAUUCUGACUCGGACCACUUCUGUAUUUGAUCCUAAAUGCAGUCUGAUACAUAUCUGAUCUCUCAUAAGCUGGUGAUAGUUUUUCUUGGAUGUUAAACUUUGGCCAGAGCUUCUCACCUGUAAAGUUGUAUUUUUCUUAGCUGUCCUGUGAUUGAUGUUUUGCAAUGUUUAGUACGUUAUGUUUUGUGAGUUUAAAUGUUUGUGUCCUCUGAGUAACAAGUAAAGAGACAGUUAUUACUCAAGUUAUUUUUAUUAUCAUUUCUUACUUAGGUCUUU